AGCAACAUAGUAUCAGGCUACGGAUGGAAACACAUUUGUGUCAUGUGAGUAGACAUGACAGAAACAGCUUUCCUUAAAUUAUUUGUGGCAAUAGUGGUCACCUUCAUUUUAGUCCUGCCAGAAUUUUUCAAGACACCAAAAGAAAGAACCCAUGAGCUCUCCUGUCUGGAAGUGUGUUUACUGCCUAAUUUCACCUAUCCACUUUCUUCUUUCAACUUUUCUUCCGUGGCCUUUUUGCAACCAGCAGAGGAAACACAGACUAUUAUGGGAAUCUCUCCAAAUCACUCCAGUUUCCAAAGCUUCGCUGAGAUUUGCCAAGGCAUCACAAGUGGAUUGCCGAUGUGCUCCUUGUGUUUGGUUUGUGAAUCCAAAGGAGACGUGGAUUUCACUUCUCAGGAACAAACAUCAAAAGGUCUUGUCAUGAGGGGAUCCAUGGAAGUGAAGGCAAGUGACUUUUACUCACCCUGUCGGUAUUUCAAUAUCACCGCCGCUCUUAUACCUGAUCCUAUGAAGGAAAAUAACACUACCUGCACCCCUGAAGCCCACCCUGGAAAAGUCACAGCUGUAGACGAAGAUCCAGCCAGGGAGACAUCUCUCAACCACACUUGUAGAUUUAUGAAAAAUAUGAACAACUGCGCUCACAUUUUCUUGCACCUAGAAAUGGAUGUAAAAUCUGUCACUUGUUCCAUGAAGAUCACUUGGUACAUUUUAGUGCUACUAGUUUUUAUGCUAGGUGUCAUCUUUAUUAUCCACAAAAUACUUGAAGACCACAGGAGAAUGCGGAGACGGCAGAGUCCUAAGUACAAGUCUACAUCUGUUCUCUUAAGAGGGGGUGACUCUGAGAAGCUGAGCACUUUGGACGUGAGGGUUAUUCCAGAGUCCACUCAAAGGUUGCCCUUAGUGCGGGUCAUGGAAGCGCUCCCCCCAAUACCAGAGCUUGAAGUUGUUUCGGCUGCGCGUCAGCAAGAUCAAUAUACACGGUUAUCCUUGGACAAUCUGGACUGAUGACUUUGAAGAAUGAUCGGAA